AAGGAGUUCGGAAUUUUCCUUUGUUUUUAUUUGAAAUGAAAAUUAUGUGACUAAGCUUAGAAUUCCCCAACAAGAAUUCCAAGUUGAAAGAGACCACUGUUUGAUAACAGAGAGUGGGAGGGAGUGCUGAAUGGUGGUCGUCAUUUUCACGCAGACUUUGCUCCAUCUCCAUUCAUCAUCACUGAUUCCUACCCAUCAUCCAUUUCUGAAUUCUGAUCGAUCCAUGUCUCUUCAUUCUUUCAAAUCUCUCUUUGUUAUUUUGUGUCGGCCAACUACAGAUCCAUGGAGGUCAUGAGCAUCUUUUUUAGUUUUUUUCUUUGAAGAUCAUGAAGAACGCUGGUGCUGUUGCUUGAAUCUGUAGUCUGUACUUUUUUUUUUUGUCACUGUUGAUCGUUUCUCUGAUUAAACUCCGUCACUAGCUCGAUUUAGAGAAGAAAUUGAUCGAAGGAGGUCGAAUUUGUGGUUAACGAAAUGCAACGAGGCGGUUCAUCGAUGUAUUCACCGACGUCGAUUAAUAUGAACCCUAAAUUCCCUGAGCACGAGCAUCUAAAAUGUCCUAGAUGCGAUUCGAGCAACACAAAAUUUUGUUACUACAACAACUACAAUCUCUCACAGCCCCGUCAUUUCUGUAAGAACUGCCGUCGAUAUUGGACCAAAGGCGGUACUCUUCGUAACAUCCCCAUCGGAGGCGGCACUCGCAAAAACAAGCGAUCUUCCGUCUCCAACAAACGCGGCACUAAUUCUUCUCCUUCUUCUUCAAAUUCGAUGGCGACGACGAUGGCGGUGGCGGUGGCGGUGGCGGUGGCUCCAACGCCAGUCGAGCAGAAACCAGAAGCUUCAGGGAUUUACGGGUAUGGUAAUGACCAGAUGGAAGGAGGUGGUGUAAGUUUCAGCUCGCUGUUGGGGUCGAGCCCAGGUGGACAGUUCGCAAAGUUAUUAAUGGAUGGUCUGAAUCCCAAUCUGGUGGGUGGAUCCAAUGAAGAUGGUUUGAUUCGAAACCCGACUGCUGAAGAAUUUGAGAGUAAUUUCUUGAGCGUGAAUCAUCAAACUAAUCAAAUCGAAGAAAACGGAGGAGGAGAAUCGAGCUGCUGCAAUCAGGGUGAUAAUGGAUGGCCUGAUCUUUCCAUUUACACACCAGUUUUCUGAAUUUUAGGAAAUGAAGGUUUAACUAGACCGAUUUGGGAUAUUAAUCUGCAUUUGUGCAUACGGGUGUGUGGAUCUAGGGAAAAAAAAUCAAAACGGGUCCAAUAUUCUAACUUUCACCUUGGUGGAUACCUACGUAUUGGAAAACACCCCCGAAAGUUGGGUGAGCAUUCACCGGUACCUGGUUAAUUUGGCCGGAAGUACCGGUUCCUUUAGACCGGUAGGUGCACCCUCUACCGCAUAUUACAGAUGCUGAUUUGGCGUCGCAGUGUGUGCACAACUCUAACCCCCCCCCCCCCCAAUGCAGUCUAAAACCUUACCACCACGGGUGAUGACUUUAAUGCACCAUUUUUUUUUACCGUUGGAGUGUGUGAAUGUGUGUUGUGUGUG